AUGGCGCUCCUGGCUCGGGACCGCCGCGUUGCCUCUUCGGAAUUUACCCGCGAUUAUUACAGGUCUUCCUCCGCCCCCGCCGCCCUCGCCGCCCGCACGCCCAUCUCCCGCGAGCAGCCCUAUGCCCCCGCCGUGCCGCCCAGGGUGCCCGGUCAGGUGGGCGGCGACGCUUGGUCCCCCGCGCCGCCCAUCAACCCGGCCGUGUGGCGCGCCUCCCACUCCGCCAAGAUGCACGACGCCCGCGCCCAGAUUUCCCGCGGCGAGAGAACCAGGGAGGAGAACCGGCGCGCGUGCGAGGAGACGGCGCAGCUGACAGCCGGGCAUCAGCAGGAGGUCGAGCGGCGUCUGGAAGACCGCCUCUGUGACGUCACUUUCUGGCGGGAUGAGGUGUCGACGCGCUACGCCAGCCUGGACGAGGACGCGGCCGACCUCGCCGCCCUGCGCGACCGCCUCAUGAAGGCGCUGCACCUGUACGUGCGGCCCCUGGAGGUGGCGCGGCGCUGCAUCGCCUUCAGGAAGGACCGGCAGGGCGUGGAGGAGGUGGAGGACGAGGCCUCGACGGCGCUGAGGCAGGAGGUGCAGGAGCUCCUUCGGUGCCGCGACGCUCUGCAGAGGUCGCUGGAGGACACGCAGAAACAGGUGGGGCGCGGAGGGUAG